AUGUAUUCUUAUAAUCCAAUUAGACGAAUUGGUUUUUGUCUAGGUCUUGGCCGUGCACCACCAUCCAAGGUAGCCUCUUGUAUCUUUCGUAGAUUUCAAUCUAGAGCACCACCAUUAAAGAAGGCACCGCAGGGCAUAAAAGCAUUAAUGAAAGAAUACGGAUACCCCGCACUUGGAGUAUAUUUUGCACUAUCAAUGGUUGAUUUGCCGAUAUGCUAUGUUCUUGUACAUUCUCUAGGAAAGGAGAAGAUUGAAUAUUAUGAAAACAAAGUAAAGCAACAAUUUGGGUAUGGGAUGAGUGAUGAUGAAUUGGCCAAGAAACAGGAAAUUGAGGAAAUACAACUGAAUAUAGACAAACAGCAGCAACAACAGCAGCAGCAGCAACAACAACAACAACAACAAAAGGAGGAGCAAUCAAAAAGCAUGUUGGGUUUCUUAGCAAGUCAAUUUUCAUGGACUGAGUUUGUCAUUGCUUAUGGAUUACACAAGAGUUUGAUAUUUAUCAGAUUGCCUAUAACUGCAGCUAUUACACCGGGGAUAGUCAAAAUCCUUAGACUGUGGGGUUUUAGAAUUGGAACUGAUAAGUUUAGCACCACUGCGAAUCUUGCAAAAGAUUUGGCUAAAAGUGGAUAUAAGGAUAUCACCGCAAUGAAUCCGAGAUUUGGUAGUCGACCAGGGAAGAAAAAAUGGUGGUGGUUCUUUUAA